AUGGCCAUUACGGUCAAAGAUUUAAACACAGGACAGGAGACAAAGGACCGAAGGAAGGAGACCAAGGAGGUGACCUACGCUGUGGGUCAUGAAAGCCAGGAAGCUGGGGGAAAAUACCAUGAUUACACAUGGUAUCAGAUAGGACCCCGUAUGGCAAGCACCGGGGCGUAUAGUCAAGUGAAUGGCAGGUGA